UUCUUCAACAGGUUAAGGUAUUCAACAGAGCAGGUAUUAUUUGGAUCGUGGAUCAUUAUCAGCAUUGCAGCGACACUGGCAUGGUGCAGGUGUGCAUGGGCGUGGUUGUGUAGGAAAAGUGGACCUGACUACCCAGGGCCUGAGUAGGGAGAGGGGCUUAUGAAAAUCCUGAUUUUUCUGAUGCUACCCACAGGACACCGUUGACUGGAUAUCUCUGGUUGUUGAACUUUUGUCAGUCCAUCAGUGACACUUAAGUGUUUAAAAACUCCAGCAGCACUGCUGUGAUCCACUCACACUAGCACAACAUACACUAACAUACCACCACCAUGUCACGCAGUGUCACUUCAGUGAUCAGAAUGAUUCACCAGCCAAAUAAUCCCUGCUCUGUGGUGGUUCCUACAAUUCCUACAAUAGAAAUACUGGCUCAUUAACAAAAUUCUAGGGCACAAGUUCUUUUAAUGACCAGUAAUGAAAUGUUUAGUUAAAAAAGUACCUGAAAUCAAUAAAAUCCAAAUCACAGUUGCCAGUAUUUAGGUUUGUCUGUGCUGCAGUGUCCAUCAGCCUUUUCAAAGUCUUCCCGCCUGCACCGCUAAUUCCUAUAGCUCCUUAGUCACUAAUGCGGAUAAUGGUUUGGCUGAACUGUGGUGAGAACUUCAGGUCCUGAAGAUGUUAAUUCCUCUCGCUGGUAGAAGACGCUCGAGGAGGUGUUAACAAGAACUGUGUUUGUUUUUGGAUACUUUUUCGCAAAUGGGCAAACGUAAUGAUCACUUACGUGAAAAUCUUAUUUCUGAAAUAUCACAGAGGUCAGUUGGACAGAGGAAUCUCAGAUAUGUGAUCGUGUGGCCCUGAACAUCUAGGACAACAUCCAGUUUGUCAAUGUUCAGUCAAAGCGUGUAGAAGAAGAGUAUAUUUUCAGCAUGGAGCCCUAUGGAUCCAUGGUAGACCACAACCAGUUGCAGGCGAGUGGCCUUGACCGGACACCUUCUGGAUGGCAUAAGCCCACACACUCCAGGAGCAGCAGUACUGCAUCUUCUCGCCACUCACGACAGCAUGUAAAGGACUGGGAGAUAAUGGACGAUCUGCAGGCAGAAAUAGGCCCCAGUGUAGAGAACGUGCAGGAUAUGAGCCCUCCAGGCAUUUGUGAAGGCUAUCUGAUGAAGAGGAGAAUAUGGCCUCUUAAAGGAUGGCACAAGAGAUAUUUUGUGUUGGACAAAGGGAUUCUUAAAUAUUCAAGAAAUCAACAUGAUAACUCUAAGGGGAAGCUAAGCGGGUCGAUGGACGUCAGUCUUGCAGUGAUGUCAGUAAACAGAAAGGCAAGACGUAUAGACCUAGAUACAGGAGACAGUCUCUAUCACAUCAAGGCAAAGAGCCAUGACCUCUUCUACAUAUGGGUGACCAAACUGAGCGCCCAUCGGGUAUUUAAAAAGAAUGAGACGGCACAUGCUCACAAUGGCUUCCUGCAAGCUAUGACUCAUGGUGGCAACGCUGCUCAGAGAAAUGGUGCCAUGCAAGAUGCGUCUCAGAGUCUGUCUGGUUCCUAUGUGACUGAUAUGGCAGCUCAGAGCACAGACCUGCCCUCUGCUAACCCUGCUGUCAAUCGGAAAGUGUCUGCCUGGCUCCAGCAGGCCCAGGACCCCGACAGCUGCACUCAAGAACUGAACCGCUGUCAGUUAGAUUUGAGUGAUCUGAACCGUCUGGUCCAGAAGCUGCACUGCUUGGAAUCGGGUCAGGCUUUCAGCAAUGGAGAGCUUCAGAGGAUCAUCAGCAUGCAGAAUCUUUCACUUGAGAAACCCAAGAAGAAAUGUGGCAAGAUGUGGGGCCACUCUCGCACACUGUCUCGGGUUGAGGCUCUUGGAAUGCCACUGCGUAGGAUUACUAAAUCGUUUUCAUCCAGCCACUUGAGCGUUUCAUCCCACCUGGGCACCUCUGUUCCCUCCAUCCCUGAUUAUGUCUACUCCCAGCUUGCUCCCCCAGUCAACAACUCUCCUGAAACAAGAAAGCUGCACCAGGACAUCUGUACAGUUUCUCAAAGAGUGCAUGCCUCCCUGAGAGCAGUGCAUGAUGCUCUGUCUCAGGAUCGCCAUCGGCUGCAGGAGGCGUGGGCCAGUGGAGAACUCCGUCAGAACACUCCAGCUCAGAUCAGCAGCCUGUGUUGCACACUGACUGAGUCGGAGUCUGGACGGCGUGCCCCUGGCCGUGCACCCUCAGUAGCAGACUCGGCGGCAGAGUAUUUUGAUGCAUGUGAUGACAUUGGAGGAAGCUCCUCUGAAGCAUCGGAUGAGUCAGGUCUGAGUGAUGCCUCCAGUAACUCAGAGCCUGAUGAGGGUCAUGCAACAGCAACACGGAAGUAUCGCGCCAGUCUUUCCAAGGCGCAUUCCAAGUCCAGGCGAGUCCCGCAGAACACCGGCCGCCGGACCACCUUGCCCGCAGUCUGCCCUGAUAAUAGCCAUGUGGGCCUCAUGGCUAUCCUUUAUAACAAUAUUGGCAAGGACUUGUCCCGUGUGUCCAUGCCAGCAGCACUGAAUGAGCCUAUCAACCUGCUCCAGAGGCUAUGUGAGGAGCUGGAGUACUCAGAGCUACUGGACAUAGCCAACCGUACUGAUGACCCCUACCAGAGGAUGGUGUACAUUGCUGCCUUUGCAAUCUCUGGAUAUGCUACAGCUCAGUACCGUAACCGGUAUAAACCCUUUAAUCCAGUUUUGGGAGAGACGUAUGAAUGUGUAAGGGAGGACAGGGGCUUUCGCUUCAUCAGCGAACAGGUUUGCCAUCAUCCACCCAUCUCUGCUUGUCAUGCAACAUCUGAUAACUUCUCCUUCUGGCAGGACCAGAGGUGGAAGAACAAAUUCUGGGGAAAGUCUUUGGAGAUAAUGCCAGCUGGAAUGGUGAAUGUGACUCUAUCCAAGUAUGGAGACCACUAUGAAUGGAAUAAAGUGGUGACAUGCAUCCAUAACGUUCUCAGUCAGCAGAGAUAUCUAGAGCACUAUGGGGAGGUCGUCAUUCGCAACCUCAACAGCUCAGUGUGCACCUGUAAGAUUACCUUUGUCAAGUCUCGCUACUGGGGCUCAGAUACGAAUAAAAAUGAGGUUCAAGGUCAAGUACUUGACCAGAGUGGGAAUGUUGUGCACCGAUUUGGAGGAUUCUGGCACGAAGGGAUCUUCUGUGAUACGCUGCCCAACCCCCAAUGUAUCUGGAAGCCAAACCCUCAGCCUAAGGACUACAUCCUGUACUAUGGCUUUUCCAGCUUUGCAAUUGAACUGAACGAGCUGACUCCUGAUCUCAAACCUCUGCUGCCUCCCACAGACUCACGCUUGCGUCCAGACCAGAGGAUGUUGGAGAACGGCCAGGUGGAGGAGUCAGACAAGAAGAAAGACGAAGUGGAGGAAAUACAAAGAGAGCGGAGGAAAAUUUUGGCCAAGAGAGGAGAAGAGCAUAUUCCUCGCUUCUUCAGGAAAUCUAUUGAUGCAGCUGGCAGAGACGUAUGGGUGACGAAUGGAACUUACUGGAAAAUCAGGGACAAUCCUGGAUUCGCCAACAUUAAAAACUUGGAAUUGUGGUGAAGCAGAAAGAGGCACAUUUUUUUUUUGUGAUUUAUAUCUAAUUUUAUCACAUUUUCUCUCUAAUCUGGAAGGCCAAGUACCCACCCACUCAUAAGGAUCCCCUCUAUCAUUAGAAAUGCCCAUUAGAAGGGUGAAGACUAGCCCAUGUCUCCUCCAACUCAUGUGAAGUUUUAUUUUUUUAAACAAGCCAGCUCUCCGGUUCUUAUACAUGAGCUAAAAUACGCCUGUGCUGACCAGCAUCUUAUUAGGAGUGAUUGAGGGAGUGGACACCAAUUACCCACCCCAAAGAGAACAAGGACGAUUCUGCUCUCUCUCUGACUCUGGCUGCUGAUGCCAAGCAACAUGACCUGGGAUUCAAAGUGGAAAUUCUUGGAUUAUAGUGACUGCAGCCCAGAAUGUUCUUUAUUAUUGAUAAAGCUGACGUGAAUGUAAAGACAAAGCAACCUGUGGAGCACAGAUGAACUGCCCGUAAGCCACCGAGCAAGAAUAGUGCUGAUAUUUAGGAACCACGCUUUGCCCAUUCUUCCUUUCUGUUCUAGCUGAUCCUCUGGUGUUGUGAAAUGUUAUGUGUUUCUUCAAACACAUGUGUCCCUGUACCACACAUGGACUUUGUGAAUCCAUGGAACUGUGGUUGGAAUAGUGUCCUGUUUGUGUUUUCCAUCGAGACAGUCCUGAAGAAAUUGGAGAGCUGAUGUUUUGCACAUUAUGAAAUAACUGAUCUUUGGGGGAAAAGCCCAUACCUUCAACUCCCUCCCUCCUAACUAAACUGUAAAUAAUAUAAGUUUCUUGAGGAACUUUUAGGGGUUCUUAAAUGGAAAACUGUGAACGUUUCUCUUUAUGGUGUUUUGAAGAACAUCCAGGAAACUUUUUUCUUCUAAAACCUUAAAGGGAUUUCUUCUUUAAGGUUCAAAUGAAAGAACUCCUAAACGUUUCUUAAAGAACUGGUACUUAAAAAAAUAUGAUCUUAUGCAGAGCUUGAUAGAAAGGAAGGAGCUUCCUGACACUCCAUGAAAUCGUCCUCCUUCAGUCUUCUCUCUGUUCUUUAGGAGGAGAUUGACCUAGUGGCAAAAAACUGUCCCAGACCAUGAUCUCAGUUCUCUGCCCUCUUAUAGUCAUAUAUUUUACUCUUAUUUCUCUUUCUCCAUAUUUUUUUCCAUAAUCACACGUGGAAGGUGUGAUUUGAACUCGCACAAUGUAUAUUAUAUCUAGCUUCAGCCUUAAGUCUUAUUCCUGAUACAGAUCAGUAGCCAUUUAUGUAGCAAAAAAAAUUGGGUGGACUGAAACUUUUCUACAUUUUAAAACCUAAUGAGAUAAAGGAUCUCCUCAAAAAAGGGAUUUAAAAAGGGAAUUCAACAGAUUUGACAAAAUAUAUGCAUGAUUAAAUAUAAACAAAAUAAUUUUAGAGUGGUGUAGUGUGAAAAUUGUUCACAGUGGUGGUGAUGGGGACUAGGCAUUUCUUCUAAAAGCUUCUUGACAGAAAGGUUUAACAUGAAAUGGUUUGAAAUAUGCCUAAGACUUUCUUUAACAAGACAUAAUAUAUAAUUUAUAUAUAUUAUAGGGUAUUAAACAAUUCCGAUAUAUAAGUAUACUGAAAGAAAUGUCCAAUUUGCAGCAAUUGUUGUCAAAUAAAGUAAAUUUUCCUCAUGAGACAUGACUAAAAGUACAUAAAAAAAAUAUUUUGUUGUUAAGUUACAAUAAGCUACCGGCAAUUUUUAUUUGUCAGUAACUUAUUGUCAUACAUUAUACAUUAUACAUUAACAGAGUGGCAUUGUCAAUUAAUUUUGUAAUAAAUAUAUAAAAUAUACAGCACACUAAACAUUUUAUUUUGUGGUAAAAUAAAUGUAAAUAAAAGCGUGAUCCAGUAUAUCUAAAAUAAUUUUGACAAUAUGUUUAUAGCUAAAGUGUACAGUAAAUAUUUAAUUUCAGUAAUAUCUUUCUUAAAUAAAUGUUAAAUGACUGUGCUGCUGUCUACAGUGAAACUAUUGUAAAUGUAUUGACUGACUAAAACUGCAUACACAAAUUGCAAUAAAUGUAUACAAAUAAAAUACAGUACAUACAAUUACAUGACUAAUACAUAUACAGUUUAUUAUAUACAGACAUCACAGCUUCUGGCUCCUAUCAUCAUCACUGUAAAGUUAGAAUUCAAAUGAGAUUCUGGGAGUGCAAAGCACUGUUAAACACUAAACCUCUUUUAAUGGCAUUGUCUAGGAAUGAUGAAUAAAUUCCCAUCCUUCCAUCCUACAGUGCUACUGACCAGUCAUGCCCACACCAGCCCGUCUGUGAUAAGAAACCCUUUUUGUUCUGUUCUGAAAACACGUGGGGACGGGUCAGUUGAGGACUGAGUGUUCAAGGUGAAAUGCAUGCAUUCUUAUAUAUAUAUUUCAAUAUUUUUAUUUGGAUAUACUGUAUGAAGCCCAAAGGAAUUACUUACUAAAGAUAAUUGAGAUGUGGUAAUAACCUUUAGUAUUGUCGCAAUGUUGCAUUUUUACACAAUGAAUUCAUGCUAGACUCUCUGGCAUGUGUAAGGACAUUAGUUCUUUUUCAAAGUCACAGCUCACCCAGAGAGGCUUCCUCUAAUAGGAUUAGUUCUAAUUCGGUCCUUCACACAGGAAGCACACAGACGGCACAGGGAGGAACAGCAUUAUACUGAAUGCUGAACAUGUGAACUGUUCUUCUUAGGAUUAGCACACUUUUUAUAUGUGUUAUUAAAUAAUACUUUAAAUAUAUUAACUUAAAUGUUCAUGAAGUAUGGUAUUAUAUUCAAAUGGAAAGUAAAUAUGAAUAAACUGUCAUAACUGUUCGACUGUAUGUAAAGUUUUUCAAGGUUUAAAAAUCUGAAUAGUUGGAUUAGAACUAACACAUACCUAUUCAUUAAAACGGAAACACACAGAACAUAUAAAAUACAAUGACAGUAAAGCAAUAUUGCAUAUUUAAGCAUUUAUUACAUUUAGAACAAAUUAAAUACAGUCUGUACAUUUAUUUGCAUUAAUAUUGGAGGGGUCUUCUAUGUUUGAGCCUCAGUGGGCUUGGCCUUGACCAGAUAAUGAAGGAUAUAAAUCCUCUAAAAUAAUGUUCUAUUCUCUCAGUUUAACUGAGCUGAAGUCCAAGUUCAGCUCCAAAGUUCAAAUGGUUCCAAAGGAAGAACAUACAGUAUAAAUAUCAACUAGAAACAACCUGAUACCUGAUACCUCUGAGAAUCGAUCCAUUCUCCUUUAAAAGGAAUUGUGGGGAAGGCUUGAGGGAAGAUGUCCUCACACAUGAUUCCUAAAUAAGGAAUUAAAUGUCCACUAGGGGUCACCUAAACAUAGAUUGUCACAUCCUAACAAUAUAAUACAGCACCUCUAUGUGUGCAGUGUGUACCAAAUAUUGUAACAAAGAUUCAAA